AAGAGGAGGAGGAGGAGCAGCUGCCGGAGCCUCAGUUGGUGCUGGAUCCGGAUUCGGAAUUGGUGCAGCAGCAGGGGCCUAGUGACCCCCAUAAGGUUGAGGACUCGGCGGAAGGCACCACCGGAGGAUGCGGAAGAGAGCUGAAGCCUGAGAGAAAAGAUGGCAGGAGUGAUGACAGCGGCGCAGCAGCGACUUCGACGGCGGCAGAGGCAGCAGCAGCAGCCGGUUCGGCGUGUUGUUGUAGCAGUAGUACGGCGGCAGAAGGCGGAUGUACGACAACACCAGCAGGCACAACGGAAUGUACGGCAGUUUGGUUUACGCAUUUGAUCUUGGAUUGCGACGGGGUGAUGGUGGAUAGCGAAAGGGCGAGCUGCGAGUCGCUGCGGCUGGGCAUCUUGGAGGUCACGGGCUUUGACAUUCCCCAUGAUUUCCCCCAAGACUAUGUUGAGGUCUUCGGAAUGGACGUGAGGUCUUGCGUGGCGCACUACCGG